CUGGAGGAGCUGAGAGCCCGCUGGCGGGAGCUGGAGGAGCGGGAGCGUCGGGAGAGGCUAAUUAAGGUGUUAAUUAAUCAGUUAGAGGAACUGAGGGCCCGCUGGCGGGAGCUGGAGGAGCGGGAGCGCCGGGAGAGCAAGAAAUUGGCUGAUGAGGAGGCCCUGAGGAGGCUCCGGCACAGCGAGGAGCAGAUCGAGCACCUCCAGCGUCGAUUGGCGGCCACCAAACAGGAGGAGGAGGCGCUGCUGUCGGAGAUGGACGUGACGGGGCAGGCGUUCGAGGACAUGCAGGAGCAGAACCUGCGGCUGCUGCAGCAGCUGCGCGAGAAGGACGACGCCAACUUCAAGCUGAUGUCGGAGCGCAUCAAGGCCAACCAGAUCCACAAACUGCUCCGCGAGGAGAAGGACGAGCUGGCCGAGCAGGUGCUCGCACUCAAGGCACAGGUGGAGGCGCAGUUGCAGGUGGUGCAGAAGCUGGAGGAGAAGGAGAGGGGCCUGCAGAGCGCGCUGGGGGCGGUGGAGAAGGAGCUGGCCCUGAGGAGCCAGGCCCUGGAGCUGCACAAGAGGAAGGCAGUCGAGGCGGCCCAGCUGGCCGAGGAUCUCCGUGCCCAGGGCGAGCACGUGCAGGGCCGGCUGCGGGAGCUGCAGGUGUGCGCGGCCGAGAACAGAGCGGCCAAGGACAAGGAACAGCUCAGCCUCAAGAGGGCUCAGGAGGAGCUGUCGAGGCUGCGCCGGAAGCUGGAGAAGCAGCGCAAGGUUGAAGUUUACGCCGACGCCGAUCAGAUCCUGCAGGAGGAGAUCAAGGAGUACCGGGCCCGCCUGACGUGCCCCUGCUGCAACGCUCGCAAGAAGGACGCGGUGCUCACCAAGUGCUUCCACGUCUUCUGCUUCGAGUGCGUCAAGAGCCGCUACGACACCCGCCAGCGCAAGUGCCCCAAGUGCAACGCCGCCUUCGGCGCCCACGACUUCCACCGGGUCUACAUCAGCUGAAGGGACCCUCCCCUGCUGACCCCCGACCUCUCCUGGCCACCCAGAGUCACCUGGUGGUGGUCCAAGGUCAACCACGGUUGGCCAAGGUCAACUUUGGGUCAUCCCAGUCUUGAAGCUCCCAAAUUUUCUCCUUGUUUUUUGACCUUUCUUGGUUGAGAUCUUGACCCCUGACCCUCCCCUGGUGACCCCUGACCUCCCCUGGCCACCCAGAGUCACCUGGUGGUGGCCCAAGGUCAACCACGGUUGGUCGAGGUCAACUUUGGGUCAUCCCAGUUUUGAAGCUCCCGAAAUUUGCUCCAUUUUUUGACCUUUCAUGGUUGAGUUCUUGAUCCUUGACCCUCUCUUGAUGACCUCUGACCUCUCCUGGCCACCCAGAGUCACCUGGUGGUGACCCAAAGGUCAGCCAUGGUUGGCCAAGGUCAACUUUGGGUCCAUCCCAACCUUUGACCCCCCCAAAUUUUUGACCUUUCCUGGUUGACCUUUGACCAACCCUUGACCUCUGAUCCUCCCCUGAUGACCUCUGACCUUCCCCUGAUGACCCCUGACCCUCCCCUGAUGACCCCUGACCUUCCCCUGAUGACCCUGACCCUCCCCUGAUGACCCUUGACCUCUCCUGAUGACCCCUGACCUCCCCUGACCUCCCCUGGCCACCCAGAAUGACCUCAUGGUGGCCCAAAGGUCAAUUUUGGGUCCAUCCCAACUUUUGACCGCCCCAAAUUUUUGACCUUUCCUGGUUGACCUUGACCAACCC